GGGUAUUUGAUUGUCAUGUUGUUGGAAAUGUUGUUCGCUUUGAUUUGUUAAAUUAAAAUUAAAUUAACACUCUUAAAAUGGAUCGCGAACGCGAUUCCGACAACUAUGCCCGCAAGGGCAACCGUCCGCCCGGGCUGAAGGGCAAGGCAAUUGGCAUGUACUACCGCGACCAGGGUCGCCAGCGCGCCAAGGAGCGCGGGAAGCAGAACAAGAAUGGGGGAAAUCCCGAGCCCGAGGUGCCCAAAAUAAGGAUGGGCUGCGGUGUCAAGGUGCCCGGCGGCGUGCUGGAGCAGGUCAAAAAGUUCAUGCAGGACUUCAACAAGACGCCGAGGAAAUCCCCCACGAAUGUGGAUGAACAAUUCGAGCUGCAAUUCCGUCACUUGCUGAGCGUCAAUUUCCACCAAUUCAUUGCCGAGAAGAAGCAGCAGAACUCCACGCUUAACUACAUAAACCAAAACUUGGAUACCAAAUUGAUGGAGCAGCACCGGGAGCGACUGCAGGCACCCAAUCUGAGGGAGCGUCUGCAGGCACGUGAGCAGCUGCCGGCCAUGGCGCAUGCCGAGGAGAUAAUACGCACCGUCCAGCAGCAUCAAGUGAUACUGAUCGUUGGCAGCACCGGCUGUGGCAAGACGACACAAGUGCCGCAACUGCUGCUCGACCACAGCAUUGUCCAGGGCCGUGGUUCCGACUGUCGCAUUGUGUGCACCCAGCCGCGUCGCAUUUCCGCCAUCACGAUAGCCGAACGUGUCAGCUACGAGCGUGGCGAGAGUCUCGGCCAGUCCGUGGGCUAUCAGAUACGCCUGGAGAGUCGCAAGCCGCGUGAUCGUGCCUCCAUUACGUACUGCACCACGGGCGUGCUGCUGCAGCAGCUGCAGUCCGAUCCGCUGAUGCACAGCCUCAGUGUGCUCAUCCUGGACGAGAUACACGAGCGCAGCGUGGAGACAGACAUGCUGAUGGGUCUGCUGAAGGUGAUACUGCCCCACAGGCCCAACCUGAAGGUGAUCCUGAUGAGUGCCACCGUGCGGGAGCAAGAUUUCUGCGAUUACUUCGAGAACUGUCCCAUGUUUCGCAUCGAAGGUGUCAUGUUUCCCGUGCGCAUGCUCUACCUGGAGGAUGUGCUCUCGCUCACCAACUACCAGUUCGACAACAGUUCGCGUGGCUCCAACCGGAAACCCAAGCAGGAUCGCAGGGAGAGCGUAAUGGAACACGAGGCCAUGAUUCUGCCUUAUGUGCGUCGCGUGCGUCACAUGUACGACCGCCGGGUGCUCGACCAACUGCGUCUGCCCGAGUCGGAGGGCUGUGAGGACAUUGAUUUCAUAGCAGAUCUCGUGUACUACAUCUGCGAGCACGAGCCAGAGGGUGCCAUUUUGGUCUUUCUGCCCGGCUUUGACAAGAUCUCGAAGCUGAACAAGGCACUCGAAAACCCCCAAGGCUCGGUCAAAGGUCAACGCUGGCGUCACAGUCUCGUGCUCUAUCCGCUGCACUCGCUGAUGCCCUCGGUGGAGCAGCAGGCCGUGUUUCGACGCCCGCCCGCGGGCAAGCGCAAGGUCAUCAUGUCCACCAUCAUAGCGGAGACAUCGGUGACCAUUGACGAUGUCGUUUAUGUCAUCAACUCGGGCCGCACCAAGGCCAGCAACUAUGACAUAGCCAGCAACAUUCAAAGCCUCGAUGAGGUGUGGGUGAGCAAGGCAAACACGCAGCAGCGCAAGGGACGUGCAGGACGCGUGCGUCCCGGCAUUUGCUACAAUUUGUUUACACGCGCGAGGGAGGAGCGCAUGGAGGACAUACCCACACCGGACAUACUACGCUCCAAGCUGGAGUCCAUCAUUUUGAGUCUCAAAUUGCUGCACAUUGAUAAUCCUUAUGACUUUCUCGGCACACUCAUCAGUGCGCCCGAACAGGAGGCCAUCAAAAAUGGUGUGCUGCUGCUCAUGCGCAUUGGUGCGCUGGACAAGGCUGGCAUUCUGACACCCCUCGGCGUGCAUCUGGCCAAGCUUCCUGUGGAUCCGCAAAUGGGCAAAAUGAUGCUCAUGUCGGCGCUCUUUUGUUGCCUGGAUCCCAUUACCUCCGCAGCGGCGGCGCUCUCCUACAAGUCGCCUUUUUACACGCCCCUCGGCCAGGAGAGUCGCGUGGAUCAGGUCAAGCGGCGCAUGGCGCACAACGUACGCAGCGAUCACCUCAUGGUGCACAAUACCAUUUGUGCUUAUCGCAAGAGCGGUCGCAGUGGCGAUAGAAACUUUUGCUACACAAAUUAUCUCGGCUACAUGACGCUGCAGCAGCUGGAGCGCAUGAAGCAUCAAUUUGCUGAGUUGCUGUGCAAUUACAAAUUCCUCAGCUCUCCUGGCUUGCUGGAUAAGUCAUCCAAUAUUAAUUCGGAGAAGAUUCCAUUGCUGCGGGCAAUCAUUGGAGCGGGUCUCUAUCCCAAUAUGGCUUACUUGCGCAAAGCGCGUCGCAUCAAAAAUUCCGUGCGCGCUGUCCACAACAUGUCCACGGAUGAUGGCAAGCGUGUCAAUUUCCAUCCGUCCUCUGUGAACAGCGGCGAAAGCAGCUUCGAUUCGGAUUACUUUGUGUAUUAUCAGCGACAGAAAUCCUCAUCGUUGUAUCUGCUCGAUUCCACAAUGGUCUUUCCCAUGGCACUCAUUAUAUUCGGCGAUGGCGUGGAGGCGGGCGUUGCCGACAGAGUGCCGUAUCUAUGCGUGGCCAAUACAUACUACUUUAAAUGCAAUCCAGAGACUGCCAAAGUGGUGCUGGAGCUGCGCACACAUCUGGGCAGAUUGCUGCUCAAAAAGGCGUUGUGCCCUGCACCCAUAGAGGAGCAUGGCGAAGAGAAGCAGUUGAUUAAAGCCAUCGAGUUGCUGCUUUCUUUGGAUGAAAAACUGGAUAAUGAUUCAUUUUCUUCCGAUGAAAUUGAUGAUAUAUGAACGUGGCAAGAGGCACACGCAGGCCGAGAGGCUCUUUAGCAUAAUUGAAUGCCAAUUUAUUGUUUUUUUUGUUUGUUGUAUAGUCGAUUUGGUAUAUUACCAGAAAAAUAUAGAGCUAUGCAUGAUC